AUGGACAUAUCUGCGCUAGUGAACCACGACACAGAGGCAGCGGUGCUACCGCGCCGUUCGCUCUCGCGGCCCACCUCCCUCUCUGCAUCCAGUCCUGUGACCUCUACCGCAAAGAGUCCCACUGUGCAUAAGCCAACCCUCAAGCAGAUGCCACCGAAGCGCAGACGUCAUGACCCGAAACCUAUCUGGGCCUACAGAGAGGGCGAGGAGCUCCCUCCAGAGCUUCAACAACUGGAAGAACAGCAGCGCCAACAGCUGAGACCGCCGCCACCACCCCCGGCGCAACCCCAUCCACCUCCGUCCCAGGCACCACCACGCGUACAAGCCUCGCCAAUAGCCCACCGAAACGGCCCUCCGGCCAGCGCACACGAUUUCGCACAUGCGCCGCACCCCGCGGCUACCACCGAGCUUGUUGGAUUCGAGCGACCGAUCUCUGAUAGCCCCCAAGUGUACGAUGAUGUUUCGCGCCAAGUCUGCGAUUUCCUCUGGCGCGAGGCCAUUGGAAACGACGUUGUGCGCAACGCGAUCGCAGACCCACACGUGAAGCUGGAAGUAGAAGCGCGAUGGGGUCAGGUGAUAGACCGGCACAGUAACCAGCGGCUUCGCGGUGUGUGGGAGUCGGAAUGCGUACUGAAGAGCGGGGCCAUGGAUGUCAAAUUCGAAAGCACAAUGACUUUGGAACAACACAAGAAGAUGAAUCUCUACUUGAACGAACAGAUUCAGCGAUCCAAAGCGCCUGGUGCGACGCGCGUUGCCAUCAACUAUGAGCACACGCGCGAGAUUGAUGAAUUUUACGAGCUUAAUCAGGAGGAAUUUAAAACGCUGAACCCGAUCGUCCAACGCUUGAUCCACGCUCACAGCCAAACCGGGGGCAGGUCGCGGAUACGCGUGACAAAGAAGAAGGAGACGGGCGAGGUCAAGGACGCAAUCAUCAAACACCGGUUGGCGAACCUGGAGAUCAGCUCUCCCCGUACAGAGUGGGACUAUCGCAUUGGCAUCAACCUCGAAAUCGAUUUCGUCCGACCCAUCGAGAAUCUCAAGCCCGCCCUCGAGGCGGGGAAGACAGUGGAGAGCAUGCAGCGCCAAAAGGAUCGUAUUUCGUACGCAUGGCUGGAUGCCUAUCAAGUCGACCUGACGCAGGUCACGCAAGGCAUGAGCAAAAACCACGAGCUCGAGCUGGAACUGGAUUCCAAGAUGCUCCUAAGCCAUGCAGACAAGGCGAGGCGCAAGGAGCCAAACCAGUUCGAGAGCUUAAUCACUGGCAUGAUGAACAAUCUGCGAGUUUUGUCACGCGAGAUGACACCUUCGGCUCCUGUUGCUUAG